CAUUCCACAAACUCUCAAAUUCAAAGCAUUUGUACGUUGCCAACACCCAACCAUAGCAAUGGGAAAGAUCUUUGAGAAGACUUUCGAGCAAACUGACAUUAGAAAAUUGAAGCUUCCCAGUGGUACAAAUUUUAAUAAUUCUUCUACCAUCGAGGUUAGAGAUCAAGAGGAGAAUACAUGGAGUUUUACGUGCAUCAAAUCGGCCGGUCAGUCAUAUCUCGGUGGUAAAGGUUGGGAGAGUUUUGCGGAAGGCAUUGAACCUGGCAACACGAUCGAAGUUUACGAAGAAGCUGAUCCUUACGAACCUCGAGCUCCGCCCUACAAAAUCGUAGUUCGAUAAUUGAGAAAUUAAGUGCUUGCCCAUAUUUUAAUACGUCCUUUUAUGUGUUCCCUAGUUAAGCAUCCUUCUUAGAAUAAGAAAUGUUUUAUUACAGUUUGCUCUACAUUUAAGAAUAUUAACAUGGAAUUGGGAAAACACAAAAAUAUUAACAUUCUUAAUUAAUAUUUUUAAGUGUUGUCAUUAUCAUUUUAGUAUAUUAAUUGUAAGAUACUACCCAUUAGCAGUUAGGUUUGUGAUAACCGCCUUAGUUAUCCUUUCUGUAAUUGCUUGUGUGUUCGGUUUUUCCGCGUAGGGAUGCUGGUUUUGUGUUGUAAGCUGUCUAGAAUACUGUUGUUUCUCUAGAAUAUUAUCCAGAUUACCACAGUCUUGUGUUGUGUAUGAUUAUGCUAUCAAUAUAAAAUAUUAAUAAAAGUUUUAACUCUUC